CAACUCUUGGAGAAAUCACCCAACGGCCCAAUAAGACCCUACGCCAUCCAGACCUUCCUCUCGGCCACCCCCACCUGAUAACCGGAGGGAAAUGGAAGCACCACUCAGAAGAGGCUGCUUGGGCGUUGGACGGCGGUUCGCAUUGGACACCCUUGCACGGAUAGGGCGGAAUGGCGGGCGGAGUGUGUGCAGUUCGGCGGUGCGGAGGCAUAACAAUCCAUUGAACCUCCCACCACGACCGGCCCCACCACGACAACCCCGGACCCUCCCUGAUCGCCCGCCCCCACCUCCACUGCCACGGAUGGCGCGCGGGCUACCGGUCAAGACACCCAUCGCGGGCGUGAAGCACGUCGUGGCGGUCGCGUCGGGGAAGGGCGGGGUUGGGAAGUCUACCACUGCCGUGAACCUCGCCGCAACCCUAGCGAACCACCAAAACCUGCGCGUCGGCCUCCUCGACGCCGACCUCUUCGGCCCCUCCAUCCCCCUGAUGCUCAACCUACGCGGGCACGAACCCGAGCUGAACGACAAAGGGAUGCUGGUGCCGUUGGUGAAUUACGGGGUGAAGGCGAUGAGUAUGGGUUUCCUAGUACGAGAGGAGGAUGCGGUUGUUUGGAGGGGAUUGAUGGUGAUGAAGGCGUUGGAGCAGCUGCUGAGGCAGGUGGAUUGGGCGGGGACGGAUGUGCUUGUGAUUGAUAUGCCGCCGGGGACGGGGGAUACGCAGUUGACGAUCACGCAGCAGGUUCCGUUGGAUGGUGCGAUCAUCGUAUCAACUCCGCAAGAUAUAUCCCUAGCCGACGCAAAGAAGGGCGUUGCCAUGUUCAACAAAGUCAACGUGCCGAUCCUCGGCAUGGUCCAAAACAUGUCCCACCACAUCUGCACCAACUGCGGUCACACAUCGCACGUCUUCGGGCACGGUGGCGUUAAGCGCACCGCGGCGGAAAUGGGCCUACCGUUACUGGGCGACAUUCCGUUGCAUUCGGACGUGUGCGAGACCUCGGAUGUGGGCACGCCGAUUGUGGUGGCGAGGCCGGACAGUGAGCAUGCGAGGGUUUAUAGGGAGAUGGGGGAGAAGGUUUGGGCAAAGUUAAGUGCUGGGAAGAAAGUUUAGGGCAAAUGCGGGCUGGUAGGUGUGGGUGUAGAUAAGUUCGGGAUAG